GCCGAGCGGCCAAUAGCGAGCGGGCGCGGCGCGGUGACGUCGUAACCGUGCGCCUCAGUGGCGGCCCGUGCGUGGGGCCGGGGCGGGAGAGCCGUCCCGGGAUGCGGCGCUGAGCCUCGCCCAUGGCCGCGCGCCUGCUCCGCCGCUGCUGCCGCCGGCUGCUGCCGCCCGCGCCCGGCCCGGGGCCCGGCCUGCUCACCGGCCAUGGACCUGCUCUGCUCACCGGCCCGGGGCCCGGCCUGCUCACCGGCCAUGGACCUGCCCUGCACACGGGCCAUGGACCUGCCCUGCACACGGACCCGGCCCGGGCGGCCGAGGGGCCCCGGGCGCGGGCGCGCGAGGACGGCGAGGAGCAGCGGCUGCGGGAGCUGAUCCGCGCCGCCGGCAGCCCGCAGGAGCUGCUGCAGCUGAGCCACGGGCCCGGCCUGAGCAGCAACCUGGCGGCGCUGGCCAUCGGCCGCCUGGCCCGCAUGAGCGGCGAGCAGCGCCUGGACAGCGCCGGCCUGCGCGGGGACCCCCGCUUCCAGCGCCUGCUGGCCGUCCUGGACACGCAGAUCUCGCAGGUGUGGAACGCGCCGCUGCUGCAGCUGCUGCGCAGCCUGCCGGCGCUGGGGCUGGCGCGGGGCGGGCGCCAGGUGCGCUCGGUGGAGCAGGAGGUGCUGUGGCGGCUGCGGCGCCUGCCCCUGCGGCAGCUGGUGCAGCUGGCCGAGCAGCUGGCGGGGCAGGGCCACGACGGGCUCCUGCUGCCCGAGGUGCUGCGCAAGCUGGAGCUGCGCUGGACCGAGCUGGACGGCACCCGCACCGUGGUGACGCUCAUGGCCAAGGUGGGACACCUGUCCCCCGCCCUGAUGGAGCGCCUGGAGGACAAGGCCCUGGAGCUGGCCGAGCAGUUUGACCCUGACGAGCUGCGCCGCGUGGCGCUGGCGCUGGCGCUGCAGCAGCGCCGCUGCGUGCCCCUGCUGCGGGCCCUGUCCUACCACCUGCUGCAGAAACCCGCCGAGCUGCCCCUGCCCGUGCUCACCGACCUGCUCUUCGCCUUCAGUAAGCUGAGCUUCCAGCAGCCGCAGGUGCUGCACCGCCUGUCCCUGGAGCUGCAGCCUCACCUGGGCAGCCUGAGCCCGGCUCAGGUGCUGCGCUGUGCCCGCUCCUUCGCCAGCCUGCGCUGGCUCAGCCGGCCCCUCGCCGAGGCCAUCGCUCAGUACUGCCUGGACAACACGCAGAACCUGUCCGUCACCCAGCUCUGCGGGGUCCUCGUGUCCUUCGCCCGCCUCAACUUCCAGCCCAGCUCCAGCGAGGAGUUCUUCUCCAUGAUCCACGAGCGGCUGCAGGGGCAGGAGCAGCAGCUGGACAUGCACCUGCUGACGGAUGUGGUGUGGUCCCUGUGCGUCCUGCAGCAGCCCCGGGCCCCCCACCUGCGCCAGGUGCUGUCCCCCGAGUUCCAGGCCCGCCUGCGAGGUGACACCUCCCCGCGGGCGCAGAGCUCGUGGCUGAAGCUGCUGCACAUCAACGCCACGGCCAGGCUGGAGGCCCCGGGCUACGAGGGGCCCUUCCUGCCCCCCGAGGUGCUGGGGAGGGACGGGGACAGGGACAAGGACAAAGAGAAGGCCACCCCCCUGCAGCGGGGGCUGUGGGAGGCACUGCCGGGGGCACUGGGGGGCCACGACCUCGUCCGGUACAACGUGAGCACAGUGUACGGCUGGGACAUUGAUGCCGAGGCGGUGCUGGACAGUGACAACAAACCCCUGCCCGUGAGGGACUUCGCUGCCCCCCACUUGUCCCACUCCGAGGGGACAAAGGCACUGCCACCGGGGGCCAGGAGGGUGGCCGUGCUGCGCUGGGAGCUGCCGCAGUUCAGCUCGCGGGGCCGGGAGCUGCUGGGCCGGGGCUCGCUGGCCCGCAGGCACCUGCGAGCCGCCGGCUUCCUGCUGGCCGAGGUGCCCCACUACGAGUUCCUGGAGCUGAAGCUGGAGCGGCAGCGCGUGGCCUACCUGAAGGACAAGGUGGCCAAGGCCCUGGCCAGUGACACGGCCGGUGACACGGCCACCGACGCGGCCACCUGACCCGCCCACGUGGCCUCCUCACCUCAGCCAGGUGGCCGCGUCCCUGUGCCAAUGUGAGCGGGUCACCACGCCCAGGUGGCCCAGUGGCUGAGCCCAGGUGGGCACGUCCCCACAGCGAGGUGGCCACGUCACCAGGUCACCGUGCCUGGGUGGGCACGUCCCCACAGCAAGGUGGCCACGUCACCAGGUCACCGUGCCCGGGUGGGCACGUCCCCACAGCAAGGUGGCCACGUCACCAGGUCACCGGGCACGUCCCCACAGCGAGGUCCCCGUGUCCCCGUGUGGCUCCAGUGCUGCUGCUCCGUGUCACCAACGGCUCAAAUAAACCCAGAACUGUA